UUCAUUAAAAAGUUCAAACUUCCACAUAUCAACAUGGAGCCGCCCCUCAGGAAACCAACCCUCCUAUAAAAACCAAUCUUCAAUUUUGAUUUGGGUUUUGCGAACCCAUAUACAUAUCAGACCAAACCAAAGUGUAUCUAUCUGUCACCCUUCAAAACACUACAUCUAAUCUAAUCUCUCAACCCACACUAUAUACGUAUUUCAUAGAUCUUAUAUACAUAUACACAUACAUACAAUCUAUAUAUAUACUUAACCCCAAUCAUAAUCAAAGAUCGUUAAAUGGGCUGCAAGAAUAGACAACAAUUUCAAGAAAAACAAGAACAAGAUAAAAGAUCAUCAUCAUCAAAACAUGUUAAUGAUGCUUUGUUGUUGACAACUAUGUGUCUCAUUGGUCUCUCUGUUGAUGUUCAUAUCAAAGAUGGCUCUGUUUAUUCUGGAAUCUUUCACACUGCUUCUGUUGAUGACCAUUAUGCAAUCGUAUUGAAGUCUGCAAAGAUGAUCAAGAAAGGGACCUGUAAAUCGAAUGUGGCGAGUGAGGAUGUCAUAGAAACACUUGUAAUCCAUUCAAAGGAUCUUGUUCAAGUGGUACCAAAGAAAGUUUUGCUUCCAGCCAAUGGUUCUGCAGGACAUGAAACUGGAGACAAUACAGUGGCUGUUGCAUGCACUCCACCUUCUAAUGGAACUCCAUUGGCAGAAGGAAACAAAAUAUCUAACAAGCCAAAUGUUGGUCAAGCGCAUGCUAAUCAAACAAGCAGAUGCUCAUCCGGAACUGAAAAUGGGUUUGCUAAUGGACUUAGACCCGAAAUCUCUCACCCUACCAAUGCUCAUCAAGUGCAAGCUAAAACGUCUAUAGUCAGUGCUCCUUCCACAGUCUCUUCAGAACCAUUAGUCAGCUCAUCAGCUCCAAGUGAAACCGUCACUUCAAAAAUCUCAAAUCGAGCUUCUAAGGAGUUUAAACUUAACCCUCAAGCAAAGAUAUUUUCUCCAUCAUUUCCAAAUAAGAGAUCAACGACCCCUCCAGCAAUUGCUAACAAUACAAAUCUUGCAUACAUUCACGACAGUUAUCAAGCUGUCCCGGUUGCCACCCAACAGCCGGAAGUUGAAAUCAGCCCGUAUGCUCCUCGUUCCCUGCCCCUUAAGUUUCUUCCAUAUGGAGGCAAUGAUGUACAACAUCCUCAGCCAGUUAUCGGAUAUAUGCACAGGGCUCAGCCAGUCAGAAAUGGUGGGCAAUAUCAUCAAGUUCAGACGGCCCCUACUUAUGUCCAGCCAAGUCCUCAGAAUGUAAUGGUUGGAAGAUUGGGACCGGUUGUCUACGUUCAUCCAGUUUCUCAGGACAUCGUCCCGAGCACAACUGGCUUCCCUCAGAUGUCUACAUGCUCCAUCUUAACUCCCCACCAAAUCCAUGUCCCUAAACACCAAGUAAAUGCAGCAGGUCAAGCAUUACAGUUAUGUGCAACUCCUCCUUUUAUAGCCGCAGGUGGUGGUCAGGCACCUUUUGUUUUGCCAAGCCACAUUCCCAUUUCGCAACCACCUUACCCUAUGAUCCGCCCAAUGUCGGUCCCCGGAUCCAACGGUUACUUUGUAUCAAAGUUUUCUUAGAAGUGAAGAUAAAAUAGAGGUUUCAAGAUUUAUAUGAUUUUAGACGGGUGAAAAGGCCUUCAUCAAGUUUUGACUUUUUUUUCUUUUCUUUUGAAUAGUGGGUUUUCUUGCUCUUUUUCCCAGUUUCCGGUUCCAUGUCUAUACGAGUGAAAAUUUUAAGGUGGAACCAAGGGGUUUGUCACCUUCAUUCUGUUUUGUUCUUUUUGUAUAAUUCAAAUACAGGAUGAUUACAGAAUGGUUAUAUUGAUUCUUUUAUAGCAAGUUUGAGACUGAGUUA